CAUUUAAUUCUUGGAAUCUUAUACAAUGUACAUACACUACAAGUGCUGAUUUGUAAAACCAAUUUUUUUGGUUAUUUAUACCCACAUUAUUACUUGAAUCACUUAAAAAAAAUCAUUUUCUACUUCCAAAUGACGAAAAAUAGCAUUUCGACUCAUUUUAGCUCAAGCACACACACGACUGCAGCGGCGCCGCUCUCACCACCCGCCGUCUCCACAUCAGAAGUGAUCAAGGGGUUAUUAAAUUCCGAAAUGGGCGAAGAUUUCUUCCGAACCCUACCAUCGGAUAUCAUAGUAGAUAUCCUCUCAAGGCUCCACACUCGACAUGCUAUGGCCUGCAAGCUUGUUUGUAAGCCAUGGCUUGCUCUUCUCGCUACCCCCGAGUUUGUGAAUUCCCAUAUUUCCAGAGCAAUCCCGGGCCUUGCUGUUAAAACGGACUCAAAGUCAUACGACGUCAUUGAUAUUGUGGAUGAGUUUGGCUUAGACUUUGACGAGGAGUAUCAUUGGGAGCCCUCCUUCAACUUCGAACUCCCCUCUGAUGAGCCAAUCCAUAGUUCAGCUAAAGGCUUGAUCUUUCAAGGAGGCGUCGAUCAUGGAGAUCUCAUCCUGUGCAAUCCAGUCACGCGUGACUAUAUCAAGCUCCCGUCUCCUCGACAAACUACCUCAAGAGAUCAGCUUGCAUUUGAGACUUUUGGAUUUGGAGUAAGCAGAACUACCGACCAAUAUAAGGUGGUCAGGAUUUUCUUGGAAAAACCACUACAUGGGCAGUACGAAAAUCCACAACAUGAGUUCAAAAAUGAGUGCCAAGUAUACACUGUUGGCACCGGAAUGUGGAGAAAAGUUCCCUCUCCCUCUGACAGCCCGCAGAGGUUUGGCCACAGCCUUGCAGGUUUACUUUUUAAUGGAAAUCUUCAUUGGAGGGUAAUUGAGAAAGCCAACAACGAGUUCGUUGAACGGAUUUCUUGCCUUGAUCUUGAAACAGAAGUUUUUAGCACCUUUCAUAUACCUCCUCGUCCUCCUGGUAUAGCUUCGCACUGUCAUAUGACACCAUUUGUUUUGAGGGAUCGCCUCUGUUUGAGCCAUGUUACAGAUGAUCUGGUGGUUGUAAUUUGGUCGAUGAAGGAGUAUGGAGAUGACAAAUCUUGGACAAGGGAAGUUCUCACCGGUGAAGUUUUCAGGCAACUCUAUGAGGUGUUUUAUGCUUGCGUGAUCAAAAUUUUUGAAAAUGGUGAUAUCUUGAUGGACUGGAACAAGAAGAAGCUAUUCUACUACUCCAGCAAGACUAAAUCUUGCCAUGACCUCUUUUCUCGAGAGGAUCAUAAUGAUGAUAUCUGUACGACCUUGUAUGCCCCAAGCUUUCUCUCGCUGAAGAAUUUUGCCUUGGAGAAUGUUAGCUCAUUUUGAGCUGUGAAAGUAGUUUGAUGUGUGAUGAUGAAAUGCAAGAAUGGUGAGGGACAUCUCUUCUUGUGUCAUGCAUUGGAAAUGUUGGUUGUAUCUCUUUUGCCAAGAUAACAUUAGUAUUUUCUUGGGUUUAUAUGUGAUUUGGACUUGCUUUCU